AUGGCCUCACGUUUUGUUAUGCCAAUAUUGAUUGCCAUUGCAAUUUGUUGCAGGCAGAGAGUUGUGUGGAGAUAUUUUGCAUUUGACAACCAUCACUGCAAUGAAAUAUUUAAGAGCGCUGCAUUGGAACCAAGAAAUCUUUGUAAGAAACACACACGCAGUCUCAGAAAUCCCAGAAAAUUGUUCCAACUAGCUAUGACGAUCAAGCCUCCCACACAUCCUACCUAUGACUUGAAGGGUGUUAUUAAGCUAGCUCUUGCUGAAGAUGCUGGGGAUAGAGGAGAUAUAACUUGCGCAGCAACUAUUCCACAUGAAAUGGAAGUGGAAGCCCAUUUCUUGGCGAAAGCAGAUGGUGUCAUUGCAGGAGUUCAAGUGGCUGAGAUGAUAUUUGAUGAGGUUGAUCCCUCUCUGAAGGUGGAGUGGACCGUGAAGGAUGGAGAUUUUGUUCAUAAAGGAUUGCAGUUUGGAAAAGUAUCUGGAAGAGCUCAUAGUAUUGUUGUAGCGGAAAGGGUAGCACUCAAUUUUAUGCAGAGGAUGAGCGGAAUAGCAACUCUAACUAAGAAAAUGGCAGAUGCUGCAAGCCCAGCAUGUAUUCUAGAGACUCGAAAAACAGCUCCAGGACUGCGUUUGAUUGAUAAGUGGGCCGUGCUAAUUGGUGGAGGCAAGAACCAUAGAAUGGGUUUAUUUGACAUGGUAAUGGUAAAAGAUAACCAUAUAUCAAUAGCUGGAGGUAUAGCAAAUGCCAUCAGGUCUGUUGAUGAUUAUUUGGAGCGAAACAAUCUUCAAAUGGAGGUCGAGAUUGAAACGAGAACACUUGAGGAAGUGAAUGAGGUUUUAAGCUACGCAUCACAAAAGAAGACAUCCUUGACCAGGAUAAUGUUGGAUAAUAUGGUUGUACCACUACCAAAUGGAGAUGUCGAUGUAUCUAUGCUUAAAAGUGCUGCUGAAUUGAUCAAUGGAAGAUUUGAGACUGAGGCAUCAGGCAAUGUUACUCUGGACACGGUGCACAGGAUUGGACAAACUGGGGUAACCUACAUUUCUAGUGGUGCUCUGACACAUUCAGUAAAAGCACUUGACAUCUCGCUCAAAAUCGACACAGAGUUGGCCCUUGAAGUCGGAAGGCGUACUAAACGAGCAUAAUAUUAUCCUCAUCUUCCUUUAAUUUAUGCAACCAGUCCAGAAUAAGAACAAGAAUAAGCAGAGUUAUUUUCUUCUCUUAUUUUGUGUUAUUUAGCUAAAAGUUGUGCUCUGUUUGUGGUUUGAAGAACUAUGCUUAAUAAUUAUGAGUUUAUUCUGCUUGCCAGCUGA